AUGCCCGAUCACGGGUCGUACAUCGACCUCACGAAGCUCGAGGUUCAGGAGAAGCACAUCUUGGAGAACCUGUCGUCGCACGACCUUCGCGAGCACGCGAAGAUCGCGGCGAGCGCGGUCGUGAACAAGAAUAAAACGCACAUCAUCUGCACGUUAGGUCCGGUCUCGCGCGACGUGCAAAUCAUCGAGAAGAUGCUCAAGGCGGGGAUGAACAUCGCGCGGUUCAACUUCUCGCACGGGACGCACGAGUACCACCAGGAGACGCUCGAUAACGUCCGCGUCGCGUGUAAAAACUUGGGCACGCGCUGCGGGAUUCUCCUCGACACGAAAGGGCCGGAGAUCCGAACGGGGAUGCUCGACCACGGCGAGCCGGUGAUGCUCGAGAAGGACAGCGAAGUGACGCUCACGACGGACUACGACGUCAAAGGGAACAAGAAUCUGAUCGCGGUGUCGUACGCGUCGCUCGCGAGAGACGUCGCGCCCGGGUCUCAGAUCUUGUGCGCGGACGGCAGCAUCACGUUCACGGUGCUCUCGUGCGACGUCGGGAAGGGGACGGUGCAGGUGAAGUGCGAGAACAGCGCGAAGCUCGGGGAGAGGAAGAACAUGAACCUCCCGGGCGUGAACGUGGACUUGCCGACGAUCACGGAGAAGGACAGGAACGACAUCAUCAACUGGGGCGUGAAGAAUCAGGCGCGUUCUAUCUCACACUGUUUCGUCAGAAAGGGCAGCGACAUCGCGCACAUCCGCGAGGUUUUGGGGCCCGAGGCGUCGAAGACGAUCCGCAUCAUCAGCAAGGUGGAGAACAUGGAGGGUCUCGAUAACUUCAACGACAUCGUCGCGGAAUCCGACGGCGUCAUGGUCGCGCGCGGCGACCUCGGGAUGGAGAUUCGCAUGGAGCAGAUUUUCCUCGCGCAAAAGCGCAUGAUCAAGCGGUGCAACGAAGCGGGCAAAUUCGUCGUCACCGCGACGCAGAUGCUCGAGUCCAUGACCGGCGCGCCGCGUCCGACGCGCGCGGAGGCGACGGACGUCGCCAACGCCGUCCUCGACGGCACCGACUGCGUCAUGCUCUCCGGGGAAACCGCCGCGGGGCAGUACCCCGUCGAGGCCGUCGCCGUCAUGGCGGACAUCUGCGCGGAGGCGGAGGCGUACGUGGACAACUACGCGACGUACAAGAACCUCAUGGACCACCAGCCGAUCCCGAUGCCGUCCGUGGAGGCGACCGCGUCGUCCGCGGUGCGAUCCGCGCACAAGGUGGGCGCGAAGCUCAUCGUGUGCCUCGCCGAGAGCGGCAGGACGGCGACGCUCAUCGCGAAGGCGCGUCCCUACCGCCCCGCCGCGCCGAUCGCGUGCCUCGCGAUCCCGCCGCGACCCGAGCACGCGCACAAAGGGAACGACCCGGAAGGGGUCUGCCGCAGAAUCUUGGCGCACCGAGGCGUCGUGCCGUUCACGACGAACGCGAUCCUCGAGUCGCCGAAGGACUACCUCGAGAUCGCCAUCGCGCAGGCGAAGAGCGCGGGGCUGUGCGACGUCGGCGACCGCAUCGUCGGCGUGCACGACGUCGACGACUGCGCCGUCUUGAAGGUGGUCGUCGUCGACUGA